UCAGCAAUUUUCAAAUCAAAAUUGAGAAAUGAGAAUACACUAAUACAGAAGGAAAUCCUCAUGGACUUUUCAAAUUUCAUUGCAUUUAUAGUAAAUAAUUGUAUAACAAAUCUUUUACACUAAGUUUUAAAUUAUUUACAUACAACCGUAUUUCUUCCUCUACAUUAAAAAUAAGUAGAAAGUAUAUACUUAAGUGAUAAGUCAUAAUUAACGAAAGAACUGUUUAAUACCUCACGACACUUAUUAAAUAAAUCGUUUGUCUAUUUUAAUCUAUUUUAAUACUUAAAUGACUUGCUUUGUGUUUUAAACUAUACGAUUAACAUGUUGAAUAAAUAUUUAAGGCAUUGUAAUAAAUCCACAUUUCAUACAAUUUUCUCUAGAAAUAAAAGUUCCUUAGGAUUAUGGGACAAUAAUAUAUCAACUGAAAUAAAAUUAAAAAUCGAAAAGCACUGGUCACAAGAAGUCCUUAAAAACGAAAGUAUUAGCAGUAAUGACAGUUUCUAUAUACUUCCCAUGUUUCCAUAUCCAUCGGGAAACUUACACAUGGGUCAUGUGAGAGUAUAUUCUAUAUCUGAUGCUAUUGCAAGGUUUUAUAAACUAAAUGGAAAAAAUGUAAUUCAUCCAAUGGGAUGGGAUGCUUUUGGAUUACCCGCUGAAAAUGCUGCUAUUGAACGUAAUAUUCAACCUCAUGUUUGGACAAAAACCAACAUAGAUUCUAUGAAAAAGCAACUCAUAGACCUUGGCUUUAACUUUGACUGGAACCGAGAGUUAUCAACAUGUGACCCUAGCUACUAUAAGUGGACUCAGUACAUAUUUUUAAAACUGUUUGAAAAGGGAUUAUUAUAUCAAAGUAAGGCAAAUGUUAACUGGGAUCCCAUUGAUAAGACAGUAUUAGCUGAUGAACAAGUUGAUGAAAAUGGCUGUUCAUGGAGAUCAGGUGCAAAAGUUGAAAAAAAAGUACUCACUCAGUGGUUUAUUAAAACCACACAGUUUGCUAAAGAUCUAUAUGAUGGUCUUGAUAGUAACCUUUUAGAGAAUUGGAGAGAUAUAAUAAAUUUACAAAAACAUUGGAUUGGCGAAUGUAAUGGUAUAGUGAUUAUCUUACAAGUUAAAAUAAAGGAUGUAAAUAGACCAAUAGGGGUUUGGUCACCAGAUCCCUACAAAUUUCUCCAUGCAGAAUAUUUAACCAUAAGUAAUAAUAAUGUUUUUAUACAGGAAUUGACACCUGAUGAAAGAAACAGCUUAUUAUGUUACAAUCCAAUUACAGGCUGUGAGAUUAAAGUUUAUGUUACUGACAAUGUGAACUAUCCAGAAGGAAGAGAUACAUAUUUAGUGUGUCCAAUUCUUGACUCUGAUGAUAAAAAAAUAUCAGAAUCUUUGAAUAUUCCACUUAAGAAAACUUUUAGUACAAUAGACUAUGAAUCAGAGAACAAAAAGGUUGUAAAACUUGCUAAAAGUAAAAAUUGUGGUGGUUACUUUGUGAGUUCAAAAUUAAAGGAUUGGUUGAUAUCUAGACAAAGGUAUUGGGGAACACCUAUACCAAUUAUUCAUUGUAGAAAAUGUGGUACUGUUCCUGUACCUUAUGCUGAACUACCUGUGGAAUUACCUGAAAAACAUGUGAAAGGAAAUAGUUUAUCCAAAAUAGACAGCUGGAAAAAUUGUAAAUGCCCUAAAUGUGAUGGUGAUGCUUCUCGAGAAACAGAUACUAUGGACACAUUUGUUGAUUCCUCAUGGUACUAUUAUAGAUUUUUAGAUAAUUCAAAUGAAAAUUUACCAUUUAGUCCAGAAAAAUUAGAAGGAAAAACUCCUGUACACUGUUACAUUGGUGGCAAGGAACAUGCUGUCCUACAUUUAUAUUAUGCUAGAUUUAUGAGUUACUUUUUACAUUCACUUGGAUGGACCCCAAUGAAUGAACCAUUUAAAAAGCUUUUAGUGCAAGGAAUGGUAAUGGGACAGUCAUAUAAAAUUAAAUCAUCGGGUAAAUAUAUAUCACCAGAAAAUGUUGAAAAGAUAGGCAAAAAAUAUGUAGAAAAACAUACAGGAGAAGCAGUCUCUGUACAAUGGGAAAAAAUGAGUAAAUCUAAGUAUAAUGGGGUAAAUCCCUUAACAUUAUUAUCAACAUAUGGCUGUGAUACAACUCGACUGCUUAUACUAGCAGAUGUUCCUCCUGCUACAGCAAGACGUUGGUCUGAUGCAACAUUACCAGGUGUCUUAAAUUGGCAACAUAGGCUAUGGAUAACAAUGAGAGAAUUUUUGGCUCAUAGAAAUAAUAUAAACAUGGACAAUAAUAAUUUGACAACUGAGACUUUCAAUGAAUUUGAGGAAAAAAUUAAUAAGGCCAGAAACUAUUUUACUGCAACAUCAACUUACCAUUUUAAGUAUACUCAAAAAUUAAGUGUGGGAAUCUCACAGUUACAGAGUUUAACAAAUGUGUUGAGGAAUAAUGUGCCUGGCGAUGUAAUAGCAAAAAGCAAAGAGUUUGAAUUGGCAUUAGCAUCACUCAUAAUAAUGCUAUCCCCGGUUACACCUCAUUUUUGUUCAGAACUCUGGGCAGGUUUUAAAAGUGCUCCAAACAGAGUUUUAGAAAACACACACUUAAUUAUGUGGGACAGAGAUGUUUUAUCACAGAAGUGGCCCGCUGUGGAUCAUGAUUUUGAAUUAUCAUUCCAAUGUAAAGUUGAUGGAGCUCCACUUUGUGACCUCAAAAUAGUGGCUUCUGAACUACCUAAUUUAACUGAAGAAAAAGCUAUUGAUAUGGUACUAAGAGACCAGGGUGUUAUAAAGAGAACUAAAAGGGGUAUUCAACGGUUUCAAUAUGAGUUAUAUCCUGAUUGUCGUGCAAUAUUAAAUAUAUUUACAAAUCAAAGUGUACAGAAACCAGAACGUGACGAAAAAAUUAGUAAGGAAAUGUAAAGAUGUGAAAUAAUGUUUUAAUUUAAAUAAUUGAAAAGUAAAUAAAAAGAACAACAUCCAUGAA